AUCUCCUCUAAAAACACAGCAUAUCUUCUUGUUCUUGUGUUAUUCCAUGGCAGAGAAACAUUCCCACUUGAACGGGGCCUACUACGGCCCCGCCAUCCCACCUGCCCGGUCCUACCACCGCCACGGCCAUGGUUCUGGCUGUGGCUGCUGCUGCCUCCUGAGCUUCCUUAUCAAGCUCAUAGUCACUGCUGUCGUCAUCUUGGGUCUGGCUGCCCUCAUCUUCUGGCUCAUAUUCCGCCCCAACAUAGUUAAGUUUCACGUGACGGAUGCCUCCCUUACCCAAUUCAACCUCACCUCCGACAACAACCUGCACUACAACCUCGCCCUCAACAUCACCGUGCGCAACCCCAACAAGAAAAUUGGCAUCUACUACGACCGCAUCGAGGCCAACGCCGGUGGUGUCCGUGCCUCUCGUUUCGCAGCCAAUUUUGGAGCUUCAGUUGCAGUUUGCGAGCUUCCUUUCUGGAUCAUAUCUUCAGAGACUACUGGAGGCGUUGGAGGGACGUAAGUUUACAGUACAUUCAUACGAGAUUGUUUAUAUAUUACUAUUAAUAUGAAUGUGUAAAUUUUGUUAAUUGUUAAAGUUUGGUGCUUUAGAGCAGAAUUCAUCAUUCAGGCAGAAGACUCUUCAUUUCAGUUUUUGACUUUAGGAAUUGGUUUCGUUAAUCUUUUUUUUUUUUUUUUAAGUUUUCCAUCAUACUAUGAGUCUUUUUCAAUCUUUUUUAUUCAAAUUAUAAACUUUUUAGAAGGUU